AGAUUAAUUAAAGAUAUUAAAAAUAAAUCAAGAGCAUAGAAAAGUGAAGUGAAACAUAAUGAGCUCAAAAACAAUAUUUCAGAAUUAUUUAACUCCAAUUGAUGAAUUUGAAUAAUGCUAUAAAUUAUCUUAAUCCAAUUAUAUUGCUGAAGGAAGAUUGGGUAGAGUUUAUUCAUACAUAAAAAAGAAAACAGGAGAAGCUUUUGCAGUAUAAAUAAUGCAAAAUUUAGAUAGAUAAACAAGAUUCAAUGUUAUGGAGGAAAUUAGAACAAUUUAUUCUAUUUAGAAAGAUGCAAAUUAUUUACUGAAAAUUGUAGAUUUAGUUUAGGAAAUACAUACAAGAAAAGGUGGCUAAUUAGAAACUUAUUCGCUCCAUCUAAUCAUGGAAAUAGGUUACAGUCUUUUGCAUAUAAUGAAACAAUAGCCUGAUAUGAGUAUGAAAGAUAUCCUUUACCACUUCAAAAACAUAAUAAAGAUAAUAGUUAAAUUGCAUUCUAAUAAAUUAUAUCAUGGAAAUUUGAAACCUUAAAAUAUCUUGUAUAUUGAAGAAAAGAACUCUAUUGGAGGUAAAACCAAGAAAUUAAAAUUUAGUGGCUUCUUCAAUACUAAAAAAGGAUAAAAAACAUACACUCCUUAUACUCCAAAAGAUUUAGUUAGCUAAUGGAAGAAUUAUGAUAGAAUUAAUGGUAAUUAUCUCUUACUUGGGGAUAUUUAUUCAAUAGGUAUGAUCAUCAUUUGCAUGUGUUUAAACAAACAUAAAGUAUUAGAAGAUCAUUUGGAUCCUGAGCAACUACUUGAUAAUCUUAAAGUUAAAGUAGAAUAAAAAUUAUAUAGUAAUGAUUUAUUUUUACUUCUAAAAGAUAUGGUUGACGAAGAUCCAGAAAAAAGACCAAGUUAUAAAGAUGUUCAAGAAAAGCUUAAAAUAAUAGAAUAAAAAGAAAAUUUUCCUGAGGAAGAAGAAGAGUUGAAAAAUGUUUAGGAUGAAUCAAAUUACAAAUUAUUUUUAAAGGAAAAAAAAUAGAAAUUAGUUAAGGAGAUUUAAGCUGCUAGAAAAUACACUGUUGAUAAAUGCAACAAUGUUGGUACACAUGGACAGAACAGAAAAGUAAAAAAAAAUACAAUAAGAAGAAAUUCUAAUAACUUUUAAUAAAAAUAAAGUUUGUAAUAAAUUAAUAAUUUAAAAACUAAGGCGCUUUUUAAAUUAAUUACAAAAAUGGUUUAUUAAUAGUGGCAGGACUGGGUAAAUAAAAAUUGAGUUAGAUAUUUGAUGUUUUAGCUUUGGUUAAACUAUUAAAAGGAUGUAAUUUAUUAUAUGAAAGCAAACAUAAUAAUAAAUAAUUGUAAAUAUAAUAAAGGCAGUAAAUUUUUAGAAAAAAUGAAAAAAAUUUAACUUUUUAUAAGAUUGAAGUAAAUUAGAGUUUUGUCAGAAUUAAAAUCAAGGUUGAAUAUCUAAAAUUUAAAAG